AGAUUUUAUGUCCAAGCUUAGAUUCUGCAGGUACAUACCCCUGGGUUUAACUCCAGGUGCCGCUACUUUUAGACUGCGUGACUUUAGCCAGUUACCCGACCGUUCUGUGACCCAGUUUCGUCCUCCGUACAGCUGUGACUCUGACCUGAGACGGUUCAGAGGAUGAAUGAGGUCAGGCGUGUGAAGCGCUGUGCCACACUGGGUGAUGGCUAACCCGAUCUGACAGUGCGGGAGGUUCUGCCACCGCCUCUGUCUCUCUCUGCUUCUCCUGCAGCCCCUCAGCCCAGCCCUGCCCAGCCUAGAUCCAGGGGGAGAAACAGGGGUCAACUUCUGGAAUGUUCCAGAGCAGAGGCAGAGUUAAGGGUGGCCUGUAAGGCAGGGACAAGCCUGGGUGCCUCCCUUUCCUGCUCACUCUUGCUGGUUCUCUUGUUUGGGAGCAGACCUCACCCUGUGGCUCAUUCCUGGCCAUGGUCUUGUCCUUCUGAUCCCAGGCCUUCUCCUGCUCCUCCAGGCACCCAGGGGACCAGCAGUUGCCCUUGCCUGGCAACCAUAUCAUCCUUGAAAAAUGUCACUGUUCUGGUGCCCCCCAAGGGCUCAGAAGGGGUGCUCCAUCCUAACUGCCCCCAUCCUUCCAGGAUCCUGCCCAGACCAGCCAAGAGCUGACCUACGAGGCCACACCUCCGGGAGAAGUGUCUUCGUGUAUCUGUGUUCCCAGGCUGGCCGAGGCCGCUGGUGUGGAGGUCACAGCGUGCAGAAGACCCACAGAAGCAGCCCCCCUUGUCUUAUCCUUGGUGCCUCAGAGGGGGUCUAGCCUUCCUGACUUUUUUUUAUCAAUGCUUUGCCAACAUUUUACAAAUCAGAUCCAGGUUUCUAACUUCUCCUGGAAAAUUAGAAGCUCUGAAUACCUGAGUUCACAUUCCCACGUGACAGCAAUGGACCACAGGGCGGGGAGGCCACCACUCAGACGGGCUAGGGCUCUCCAGCUCACCACUGUCCCCAGCCCGGGUCAUGCGCCCCAUUCACAGUCCCUCCCUGGGGACUCAGUGUCUCAGUCUGUGACUCCAUGAAAGGAGAACUGUGCCCGAGAGGCUUCAUGUACCUUGUCCAUGUUGCAGCCACUGGCCCCAGGCAGGCAGAAAUGCAGAGGGAGAGGGGACCUGUAGGGGCAAAGAAUCCAGGGGCCAGAAAGCUGCUUGGUGUCCUCAGCUGUUGGUGGAAUUUCACGGUCCAGAGGCUGAGGGCAAAUCACACACACACACACACACACACACACGCCCCACCCCACUGUCCAAUCUCUCAGCAGAUGCUGUCACUUCUCAUCACUUCUGUUCCUACUACCUGGUCCCUUGCUAUCUUGUUUCACUUGGCUGGGUACCAGAGCCUCCUCACUUCCCUUCUUGCGCCGCCAGAGGGAGCCUGUUAAAACCUAUAAUCCACCUCCUCCCUCCUCUGCUCAAAACCCUCCAAUGACUGCCAGUGCUCUCAGAGUCAAAGACAAAGGCUUACUGGCCCUGGAUGAACCUUCCCCAUCACCUCUCAUCUCCUCCCAGGCUCUAUCAGCCUCGUUGUUCCUGGGCAUCCCAAGCAUACACUCUGGCCUCAGGGCCUUUGCCCUGGCUCUUCCCUCUGCCUGGCCCACUUGUACCUGCCUGCCUGCCCUCAUUUCAGCAUGGCUCCCUUCCUCCCUCACUUCCUUCAAGUUUCUGCUCAAAAGGAAGCUUCUCUGCUUUGUCUUCCCUCCAUUAAUCCCUUGAAGUAUGGUCCUUUAUUCACAUACCCUGUUUCUUGUCUUCUCUCCUCACUACAAUGGACGAGGGCAGUGAUUUUUCUGUUUUGUUCACUGCAAAUGUUGCCUGGUACAUAGGAGGCACUUGAUAAUAUUUGGUAAUUGAAUGGAUGAAUGAACAAAUAUGUGAAACGAGGGCAGUAACAAUCCCAGUAAGCAGAGUGGCUGUGAGAACUCAGUCAAUAUGUAUCACGCAGGGCCCCAAACUUGGGCUCUAGUGCUCUGUGGUUGGUAUCUUAGAAUUUUUUUUUUCUUUUCUUUUUCUGUCUGUGCCAUGCAGCUUGUGGGAUCUUAGUUCCCCAACCAGGGAUUGAACCACGCCCUCAGGUUAAUACAGAGUCCUAACCGCUGGACUGCCGGGGUAUUCCCAGCAGCUUGCCAUUCUUCAUCAUAUCAUCUUUGAAGUGCAAGUGAAGUCUGAGUAACAGUGGCACAUGCGAAACUUCCCUGGUGGUCCAGUGGUUAAGACUCUGUGCUUCCACUGUAGGGGGCACAGGUUCAAUUCCUGGUCUGAGAACUACGGUCCUGCAUGCCACAGUCAAGGUUGAUGUGCUUGGUCUGGCAGCGGCCUGGAUGCCAGGAAGGUUCCACGUCGGGUGUGCAUCAAGGGGCCCCAGGCAUCCGUGAUGCCCAAGGCAGCAUCGUGUUCAAUAGCAAAUAUAGAACACUGUGGCGGGCAGAGAGAGAGGCUUGGGUAGGAAGCGAAAGCUUCUCUCCUGCUUUCUAGACAAGAAGCCUCACAUUCUGUAGCUGGCCCUUGUGUCAAGGACACACACCUCACAAACAGUAUGUACUCCAGCCAUGGGCACUGUUGCUGUUGUUACUCAACGCCCCACGAUCAGAGGGAAAUAGUGCCCAGCAAGAGAAAGCCCCCAGGCUCCCGGGCCAGCUGUUGCUGUAAGCAAUGGGUGGAGGACAAGCCCCGCCCCUUCCUCUCAGCCUCAGUUGCGCAUCUGUGAGCUGGGAGAGCACCAGGCAGGUUUCCCUCUGAAACCUGGGGGACGUGUGGGUGGCAGUCAUGGUUUCUGGUCAGGGAUUGUUGUGGCUGCUCUGCUAGGAGCCUGGUCGGGGCUCAUUUUCAGCCUCCAUCUCCAAAAUGUUCAAAGGGGGAUAGAGCUUUAACCCCUGAGGGAUGGGUAACAGGGGACCAGGUUUUCGAUGGGGACUUCAACCCAAGCAUCAGUAGCACGCAUGGCCCAUAACUUCAGGAGGUGGCCGCAGACCCUGAUGGCCAGUGCGGGCCCUGGCAGUGGCCUUAGCCCAGUGGAGGCUGCAGAGCUGAUGAAAAGGGGAAGCGCCCAGCACUUUGCCCCCGACCCUGUGUCCUGCCUAAGCCCGCAUCUCUCUGGAGCCGCUAGGAUUGGAGCCAUUCUGCCAGAUCCACUUAAUUAGCCAAGCUCAUCAAUUCCCACAGGCUUCUCCUCCCCACCUAAUUAACUGACUUAAUUAGGGCUUGCAGGCCUGGCUCCACCCAGCCUCCCCUCCCUGCUGCAACCCUGCCCACCUCCUCUCAUCCACUCAGGACUGGGAACCGGUGGGGGCCCAGCACUCAGGCCUCCACCCAAUGCCCCUCCCUCUGGUAGGACCAGCCCAGUGCCUCUCCCCAGGCUGCAGCCCAGGAGUAAAGGAUUGGAAACCGAGAGUGAGAGGUGGCUGGGAAGAGGGAUGCAGGUGAGAUCAGUGGGAUCAGGUAAGAGGAGGCCAGGAUGGUGGCAGCUGGAGAGGCUGGGCAGCCAGGUGGUUAGGGGCCUGGACUCCAGAGCCGGCCUGGAUUCGAGCCCCAGCUAAUGGGUCAGCCUCGGCAACCUCUCCCCUCCCUGCAUCUCGGAUACAAAAUGAUCGCUCACCCACACAGGAGAAGAUGAGUGUGGGCUGCCCAGAGCCCGAGCCGCCCCACUCCCUGCCCUGCUGCGGGCCAGGGACCGCCCCCGGGCUGGGUGCCGGCGUGCCCCUUCUCACCGAAGACAUGCAGGCGCUGACCCUCCGCACGGUGGCCGCGAGCGACGUCACCAAGCACUACGAACUCGUCCGGGAGCUGGGCAAGGGCACCUAUGGGAAGGUCGACCUGGUGGCCUACAAGGGCACGGGCACGAAGAUGGCGCUGAAGUUUGUGAACAAGAGCAAAACCAAGUUGAAGAACUUCCUGCGGGAGGUGAGCAUUACCAACAGCCUCUCCUCCAGCCCCUUCAUCAUCAAGGUCUUCGAUGUCGUGUUUGAGACUGAAGACUGCUAUGUCUUCGCCCAGGAGUACGCGCCCGCCGGGGACCUAUUCGACAUUAUUCCUCCUCAGGUGGGGCUCCCCGAGGACACCGUGAAGCGCUGCGUGCAGCAGCUGGGCCUGGCGCUGGACUUCAUGCACGGUCGGCAGCUGGUGCACCGCGACAUCAAGCCGGAGAACGUGCUGCUGUUCGACCGCGAGUGCCGGCGCGUGAAGCUGGCCGACUUCGGCAUGACGCGCCGCGUGGGCUGCCGCGUGAAGCGGGUGAGCGGCACGAUCCCAUACACAGCGCCCGAGGUGUGCCAGGCGGGCCGCGCCGACGGCUUCGCGGUGGACACUGGCGUGGAUGUGUGGGCCUUCGGCGUGCUCAUCUUCUGCGUGCUCACCGGCAACUUCCCGUGGGAGGCGGCGUCGGGCGCCGACGCCUUUUUCGAGGAGUUCGUGCGCUGGCAGCGGGGCCGCCUGCCGGGGCUGCCGUCGCAGUGGCGCCGCUUCACCGAGCCAGCGCUGCGCAUGUUCCAGCGGCUCCUGGCGCUGGAGCCCGAGCGCCGCGGGCCGGCCAAGGAGGUCUUCCGCUUCCUCAAGCACGAGCUCACGUCCGAGCUGCGGCGCCGGCCCUCGCACCGCGCACGCAAGCCCGCCGGGGACCGCCCGCCGGCCGCCGGGCCGCUGCGCCUCGAGGCGCCCGGGCCGCUCAAGCGGACGGUGCUGACCGAGAGCGGCAGCGGCUCCCGGCCCGCGCCUCCCGCCGUCGGGCCCGGACCUGUGCCGGUCCCCGUCCCCGUGCCCGUGCCGGUCCCUGUACCCGAGCCCGGCCUGGCCCCCCCGGGGCCUCCCGGCAGGACCGACGGCCGCCCGGACAAGAGCAAAGGGCAGGUGGUGCUGGCCACGGCCAUCGAGAUCUGCGUCUGAGCCGCCCCCGCCGCCCUCGGGGCCCGGGCGCCGAGCAGCAGCCAGGCGGGGCGCAGGAGCCGCCCUGGCCGAAGCGGCCAGCCCCCCGCGGCGGCAGGAGGGAGUAGUGGUAGGCGAGGCAGGCGCCCGGCCCGGCAGCGGGCCGGUGAGAUGCCACCAAAGGAGCCCAGCCCCACAGACCCGAGGAUUCAGAGGCCCCCCCACCCCCCACCCCCGACACCAGGAGCAAGGGAGCUUGCCGGCAGACUCCCCCACACCUCCCUGAACCCUGGGACCCUGAACUAGUGGCUCCGGGCCCUUUGCACCCCCCUGGCAGAUCAUCCAGCAGCCCCACCCCUUAUCCUGCCCCCCUCCCCACCUUCCCGCCCUGGGAACGAAAAGGAACUCAAGUGUUGGGGCCGAGAAAGGGCUUAGGGCGUCUAGGCACUGGCUGGGAGGAGGGCGGUGAGCCGAGGGCAGGGGUGUUACUCAUCGAGACCGGCCCCUUUCCUGGGAGGGUUAGAGGGGAGGGACCACGCCCCCUGCAAAAAUGUAGCAAACUUCUGGAUGUCACAGCAGUGUGUGUGUGUAAACAGGCCCCAAGAAUCCAGUGAUUCUCCCACCACCCAUUCCUCCCCACGAACCCCUCCCCCCCCCCCCCCCGCCCCAUGAGGACACAGAGCCCAAAAGAAGGGCGGCAGGCCAAGACCACACACAACCAGAGAGGCCGCAGCUCUCCCCCUCAGCCCACAGGGAUUUCAGGACAACUGGUCUCCGUGGCCAGGGGCCUCAUGCCCCUGCAUCACUAGGCCCGGGGAAUGCGUUCAGAGCCCGGGCGCGCCCCAGCUUGGCCUGCCCACCGGCACCUUCCCCAGGCCAGGGAAACCUUGCUCAGAUCUUCUCAAUCCUCGCUGCCCCAGCCCAGACUAAGUGGCCUGGACUUUGAGCAGGCGGCGAGGUUACUUGUGCCAGGAAUUUCUCCCAGAAUUCUGCUGGAGUCCAACAUCUGAGCCUGGGGCUGACUCCAUCCCCACGUCUCCCAAGUUUCUGGUACUGGGGUGUGGGUGUGAGAAUAAGGGGCCCUGGAAAUGGGAGGGGGUGAGCGUGUGAACAGGUACUUGUGGCAGUGUGAGCACAUGCAGAAGGCACCUGUGUGCGUGUAGCCUCGUGUGUACAGUGGCUGCGUCCAGACACCCCAGUCACUCCGCCCCAGGAUUCUCAGCGGGCAGCUGCCAGAGGGCGCCCAGGCCCCCGGCUCAGCACACCCCUCAGGGAGCCUGGCAAGGAGGCACCUGCAGGCCAGAGGAACCCAGACACAAAGCCCACCCUCACGACUCCUGCCCUGUCCGUAGAGGCCUGGGACCCCGCAAUAACCUCAUCCUGGGAGAGGCUGCUCCCUCUGCCUGGCGGUGCCCCGCCUGCUGUCCCGGGCCACACCUUCCAGGGUCCCUUCUGGGGUUCUCGGCCACUUGAGGGGGCUCCCUAGUGGGCCAGGCUGACCAGAGGGGACCCUCUGGCCAGGAGCCCCCACUUCUCCAUUCACCCUCAUUCCCACCACGCAAAAGGGCUAUAGGUCCCCCCGCCCUGCCCGGGUCCAGUUUACAGAGUGCGGUUGCCCCAGGGCCUGGUCCCCCUCCCUCCUCAGUGUGCCCGCCCAUCUAGAGACCCACCUCCCCGGCGGGCAUGGGGGCCCAACACAUGCCAGGUAAGUAGCAAACCCCCCCCCCCCCCCACCAAGGGCCAAGCCUUGGAGCAGGGCCCGCCUCCCCAUCACUGCCCCCUCCGCUCAGCCCACCUGGAGCCCAUCUGGGCACCUCUCCCAGCCGCGACUUCUCCUUUUGCCUUAGGCCUCUCGACAUCCCGUCUCUCCUGCAAUAACACGGAAGCGAGAUUCCAAGUAGACGCCCCUCGCGUGUGCCCUCUUUCUCUCUCUGUUAAGAUCCUGUUUGAGAGUCUCUCCCUUGUCGUAGUACCUAGGAUGUUAGAGUUGGGAAGGGACCGUAGUUCUGUAGCCCAGCCCCUGUUGUCAGAGGCACAGAGGGGGGCAGCGGCAGCCGACAGCGAAGCAGGACUGGAACCGGUUCUGCGCCCGCCCUCCCCAUCGGGGCCUUGCUGCCGCCGCCGCCAUCACCUCUGCUGGGGGUGCUGGGACCCUUUGCCCCUUAGGAGAGGUGUUGGUCACAGAUGUUUACCUCAGUUUAUGUCACUGUCAAAGAACAAGUAAAUAGCAAAAAAAAGAAUCACACCGUAGACCUGAAGACUUAGGAAAAAAAAAACCCUCGCGAUUCUUCUGUGCAGGUGUUUGUGUGUGCGCACACGCGCGUGUGUCUCUGUCCCACCCUGGGCUGGCCGGGUCAUCCCCGACCUCUGUCCCAGCCCCACGCCCCCUACACUGCCCCCUGUCCUUCGGUGCUUCCCAGAGGCCCCUCGGAGCUGGCCUGUGGGGUGUGGCAAGCCCCUGGGCAGGAGGCAGGGCCACAGGUUAGCUAAGCGUCUGCCACCAGGCCAGCUGAGCAGAGCCCUAAGGCUGCCAAUGCUCCCCAGGCCCACGCUGUGGCCGGUGGGACCAUCCUGGUGGCUGGUGUCAGCAUUCCAGCCUGACUCGGGGCCUGGGUGGGAUCCCAGCCCCGCAGCCCCAGACCCUCAUGUUGCCACCGUCCUCCACCGUGUGUUUGUAAAUACUCUGGCAUCCUUUGGCCCUGAGAAGGUUUUUAAAUGUGUUAUUUACUUCUCUAAUCAUGACAAUUGCUAUAAAAUAAACAAAAGUUUAGAAAAAUUA